AUGUCGGUCUCCUCCUCGCUCCCCAUGCUCUGGAUUGUGGCUGAUGAUCUAGGCGUCUCUCGAGGUCGGAACGCUGGUAUUGCUGAACUUGCAAGUGCAGGUGCGAUUGAUGCUGCAUCGUUGCUGGUUACUUGUCCGCAUGCCGCGAGAGGCGUCGACGCAGUGGCCGACACAGACGUCGCCCUCGGCCUCCACCUCAACCUGACCGAGGGCCGGCCGGCGCUGGUUGGGGCCGAGGCCGCCAGGCUUGCGCCGGUGGUGGGUGCAGGCCCUCAUCCGCCACAGCCAUGGCUGGCGGAGCGGGCUGGUGCGAGCGCAGAGUGGUGGUUUGUCGGUAGGACCAAGGCGUGGGAAGCGCUGAUGGCGGGCGAGGACGUCGACGUCGACGCCCUUGUCAACGAGAUUGUGGCCCAGCUGGAGGCCUUUGUCUCUCUGGCCGGGCGAAUCCCGGCCCACAUUGACGGCCAUCAGCAUGUCCAUGUUAUUCCUGCCGUUGCCCGCGCUAUUGUGGCAGCGCUCGACCGCCUCGCAGCCGCCAAGCCCGAGCUCUGGGCUGGUGCGGCCAUCCGGAUCCGCGUUCCGACCGAGGCUGCGCCGGGCGAGCUCUCGCCGUUCUGCGCCCGUGUGGCUCACUUGGCUACCGCCACGCUUGCGAUAUGGCCAUUAGCGCGCGAGGUCGAGCUGUGGCAAGCCGAUGGCUUUGCGGGCAUGGCCUUUAUGGGCUGCGCACUCACCACCGCCAAGCUUGAUAGCCUGGGCGCACGCGGCAAUCCUACACCCGGCAAGAAGCUCAUCGAGAUCAUGACCCAUCCAGGGUGGAUCGGCUGUGACUGGGAUGACUUUGAUGCGUCUGCCGAUCGCGAGCACGAGUUGGAGCAGCUCCGCGGGCUCCUGCUCGCGCCUUGA